AUGGCAGACAAGACUAAAGUAACUGAACAGUAUUAUGCACCACCACCAGACCUUGGAGGAUGGGAGUCCUUCAGGAUCUUCCUGUACAACUCGGAGACGGGCCAGGUCCUCGGCCGCACUGGGUCCAGCUGGGCGAAAAUCUUACUGUUCUACGUGAUUUUCUACGCGGUGCUGGUCGGAUUCUUCGCGGGUAUGCUCGCCAUCUUCUACCAGACCCUGGACGCUAAGAUGCCCAAGUGGCAAAUGGACAGCUCACUGAUUGGAAGUAAUCCAGGUCUUGGCUUCCGACCAAUGCCUGACUCAGCCACCGUCGAAAGUACCCUUAUCUACUACAAAGCCAACGAUAAAGGCUCGGUCCUCCGAUGGGCCCAGGUCAUCGACGAGUUCCUUGAAGACUACCGUAAGAAGGGAAGUGGCAGCGGUGAAGCCUCAGGCGCAGAAAACCGUGUCCCUUGCAGCCCCACCAGUGGACCCGUGGGAGAACACCAGGUCUGCGACGUGCCAGUCGAUGACUUCAACCCGUGUACAUCUUCCAAGCAGUACAACUUCGAGGAGGGUGGCCCUUGCGUCUUCCUGAAACUUAAUAAGAUAUUCAAUUGGACCCCAAUGCCGUACAACAACACAGAAGGCUUACCAGACAACAUGCCUGAGGAUCUGAAGCAGCACAUUAAGCUCGUUUCCGGUAAACCCGAAGCCAACACAGUGUGGGUAUCGUGCGAAGGUGAGAACCCAGCGGACGUGGAGAACAUUGGCCCCAUCCAGUACAUUCCUCGCCGGGGCUUCCCCAACUUCUACUACCCCUUCACCAACAAGGAGGGCUAUUUGAGUCCGCUGGUGGCUGUGCUCUUCGAGAAGCCAAGAACCGGUGUGCUCAUCAACAUCGAAUGCAAAGCGUGGGCGAAGAACAUCCAAUACGACAGAUACGAGCGGCGGGGCUCCGUCCACUUCGAGCUGAUGGUGGACCGCUCCUAA